ACCGCCUGCUUGUUCCGGUGACGGCUACCCGAAGAGGACAACAGUGCUGCGCCGGUCAACGUCAUGGCCGCCCUGGUUUGCGGGGCUGUUUUCUUCCCGGGAGUUUACUUUGGUCUCAGAAGGAGACUCAGACAGACCUUCACGCACUGGACUGACGCCGAUUUGGCCUGUGUCAGUGAGAGGCUGAUGUCUGCCGUCCACGCCUCUCUGUCCUCUGCAGCCGGUCUCACCGUGGCGUUGUCAUGCAAAGAUGUCAUGAUUGACAACCACUGGUUGGUCAACAACUUUGUCCUGUUUGGCGCUCCGUACAUGGCCUUUGACCUCUACGCCAUGUACCUGAGCCACUUCCACACCGAGAGGGCGAGAGGUGGGUCCGGUUCUCCCAGAGGGCCCUCGCUCCAGCCAAUCAGGGCGUUCCUCACCAGAGACUGGCUCCUGGUCCUUCAUCACUUGGCCCUUCUCCUCGUUUUUAUGCCCAUCACUUUGUUCUUCAGACGAGGCUUAGGAGAUUUCUUUGUGGGCUGUUUUUUAACCACAGAGUUCAGCAGCCCCUUCGUCUCCAUUGGAAAAAUCCUCAUCCAGCUGCGCCUCGACGACUCCAUGCUGCACAGAAUCAACGGCCUCAUGGUCCUCCUGACCUUCUUUGUGUGCCGGAUCCUGCUGUUCCCCUUCAUGUACUGGAAGUACAGCCGGCAGCUGGGGGUUCCUCUCUCCGCCGUGGCCUUUCACAUGCCUCUGCACUGCAACCUGGGAAACCUGCUGAUUCUGGCUCCACAGAUCUACUGGUUUCUCCUGCUUUUGAGGAAAGCCAACAGACUCUACCUGAGAGGGAGGACGGCGCCAGACAAGGCCCGGCUGAGGACGGACUGAAGAGUCCCACUAAAGGACAGAUUAGCAGGUUACAUGCUGAGCUGGAAUUUGAACCUGAUCUUUUGAUUUUUCUUUUAGAAGCAAAUAAAACUGUUCUUGUAGAUAUUAGAACUUUAUUUACAAAAGAACAAACCUGAAUGACAUGAGAAAACCAAAAACUGUCCUGACUUCAUUGUUCUUGCUUUUCAUUCUGACAUUUGUUUUGUUGGGGAAGGCUUACUAUAAGCAGAUUCAAGGACAGCUUGUUGCACCUGUGCAGGUGCGUCAGCGUGUUUUCUUUCUGCAUAGCGUCCAUUGGAGCGUCACGCUGCUGAUGACACCAGCUGAGCAAUCUUCUGCUGCAGGACCGCUUUCAUCUCCUGGUUGAGCAGGUUGUCCGUGAUGGUGGAGAAGAAGUGACGCGUGUUGUCGCUCUCCAGCGGGCUGCAGCUGUCGGGGAAGGCGGCCAUGAUGGCCUCGUAGGAGCUGAGGAUCUCCAGACUGCACAGGAACAGAGGUUCACUCUGACCUCCAGGCAUCAUCACCUGGAAGGAAAACAUCUGUAAACGGAGGUUUCAAAUGGGAAAACAGAAAUCUUCUGUAAGCUGAGCAGUAAACGCCUCAAGUCCUCUGAGAUGGUCCACUUUAAAGCCCAUGUUUUGUUCAUCAACAGAAGAAAAAUUUAAGACUUCUACCAGAAAAAUAUUGACAGAAAUUCCAGGACUAUUUUUUUAAGUUUUGGCUUCACUAAAGUUGAAUUCCUUUUUUCCUUGCAGCUCCACACAUCCUCACACAUGGAGGAGAUCUUUGCUGCAAACAGACCUGCAGCUCUGGAAAGACUUAACACCUUCUCAGAAGUUCAGGCUUUAUAGUCCCCCUCCAAUGAAAAUUUUACAUUCUCUCUUGUGGCAUUUGUCUGAUGGACAAAUAUGAAAGUCAACUGAAUAAAAAAGAAAAAGCCA